AUGGAUAUAAAAACGGUGAUCUUCAAUUUAGUAAUCAUUGUAUCUAUUGAAGCCUUUAGAAUACUUGCUGUGUUCCCAACGCCAUCGAUCAGUCAUCAGGUGGUAUUUCGUCCGUUGGUACAAGAACUAGUGACCCGUGGCCAUGAAGUCGUUGUUAUCACUACAGACCCUAUGUACCCUACAGGAGGAGGUCCUGAAAACUUAACAGAAAUAGACGUUGGAGACACUUAUGAACUCCUGAAAGAUGUAGGCGAAACAAGACUUACAGUAGUAAAUGAGUAUGUUAAUAUUAGAACGAGCAUAGAAACAGCUAUACCAAUGCUUUCAAAUGUAUUUUAUGAACAAUUGAAGAAUGAUGCUGUGAAGAGAAUCAUUGAAGAUAAGAAUGUUACAUUUGAUUUGUUGAUAAUUGAAGCGUGGUUACGACCAGUAUUAGCUUUCACUCAUAGAUUUAAAGUCCCUGUAAUUAGAUUUGGUUCUACCGGUUCUGUGUUGUCAGAGUAUGAAGUUAUGGGUAGUGUUAAACAUCCGUUGUAUUACCCAUCAAAUUUGUGUUCCCGAUGUGCAAAUAUAGAGAAUUUGACGUUUCUUGAGAAGCUAUAUGAAAUAUACAAUGAUAUUUAUAUAUCUAAUGUGUUCAAUGGUGCUGUAAAACAUGAGAAUGAAGUUAUGAGGAGUUUUUUCGGUGCUGAUAUGCCAAGUUUGGAUGAUUUAAGUGAUAAUGUAGAUCUGCUAAUCAGCAAUGUACAUCGAAAUUGGGAAUUCAAUCGUCCAAUGCCGAUUAGUGUUGUUCAAGUUGGUGGAAUACAUCUCAAGAGUGAAUGCACGUUACCAGAGGAUUUACAAAAAUAUUUAGAUUCUUCUAUCAAUGGGGUAGUAUAUAUUAGUUUUGGUACUAAUGUAGUGAUUUCGGCACUCAGCAAUGAUAAGCUGGAGGCGAUGAUUAGCGUGCUAUCUCAGCUGCCUUACGACGUUUUAUGGAAGUGGGACAAAGACGAAAUGCCUGGGAGGCCUAAGAACAUCAAGAUAUCGAAGUGGCUCCCGCAGGAAUGUCUGCUGAGACAUCCAAAAAUCAAAUUGUUCUUGACCCAAGGAGGGUUGCAGUCGACGGAGGAGGCCAUAGCUGCAGGCGUACCCCUUGUUGGGAUGCCAAUAAUGGCUGAUCAAUUUGGAAAUACACAAAAUUACGUCCGUCACAAAAUAGGGGUGAAACUACUAUUCGAUGACUUGACUGAAGAAAAUUUUCGAAAUGCACUUUAUACAGUGUUAAAUGAUGAAAGUUACCGCCAGAACGUGGAGCGUCUGCGCACGCUGAUCGAGCUGGAUGGCGGUCGGACCGCGGCGCGUGCUGCGCGGUGGGUGGAGCACGUGGUGCGGCACGGAGGCUCGCACCUGCGCGCGCCCGCCGCCCGCCUGCACGCUGCAGUCUACCACCAGCUCCACCUGCUGGCGGAGCUCGCAGCCGCCGUUAUCCUCGCCGCGUUCGUCCUCUACCAAGCCACUAAGUUUCUUGUAAGAUUCGUUUGGAGAAUAUUUACCAUGAAAGUCAUAAUUCAUCGCCAGAGUCACAGGAUCGAAGACGCUGUCCAUCGUGACCCUGGCAGUACAGGCUCUAAAGCUCACUUCUUAAAAGGCGCGCCUACACCUUGCCCCACCUUCUUGGGUGAUGGCAGAAGCCCCUGCGUCUACCGCUGA